CAGAGUAUCAUCAUGGCGCUGUUUCCAGCUUUCGCAGAAGUAGAGAGUAACAAAGUUGAAGAUUCGUCCAAAGAUUUAGACUGGCUGAAGAAUAAAAGUUUCCAGACUGGAGAUGCCCUCUCUCUUCACAGGGAGUAUUUUGAGAAGACCAGUGAGAGGCUUAAGAAGAAGAAAUCAAGUGUAGACAGGGAGCUGAGCUCUGCAGAAGAGGAGAAGGAGGAGCAGAAAGACUGCCAUGUACCUCCCAAAAAGAAGAAAAAAAAGAGUGAAAAGAAGAAGAAAAAGAAGAAAAGACACAAAAAGAAGAGUGGGACGUAUUCGGACAGCAGCGGGUCUGACUCCGAAACGAUUUACCCCAGCGACCUCAAAAGGGAAAAAGAGGCAGAUGGGCCCCUGGCUGCUCCAUUAGCGAGCCGUUUCUCCUGGCUGGAUGACCUGCAGUCGCCCACAGAGCAGCUGUUCUGUGUGGACCGUAAAGCAGACCAAGCCAACUGGACGUACAAGUCCCUGUACAGAGGAGACGUAGCCAGGUAUAAGAGGAAAGGCAGCUCGUCCUUGGGUCUGGACCCUCAAAGGCAGGGAGUCAGCUGGGAUGAGUCAGAGUCAAAUAAGAAACAGAAAGGCAGGGACAAGAAGGAAGCAGCAGACAGAUACUUCUCUACAGUCAGUCGCCAGCAGCUCACUACUGAGACCCCUGUUCCUGCAUUCCCCAAGAUUCCUGAGUGCAGUGAUUCCUCCUUCCUCCCACUGGGUAACGAUGAGGAGAACAAAGGAGGAGAGACGGGUGGCAGAGUGCAGACAUCCUCAGUAAAUCCCCUCGGUGUGUAUGACUCCUCCACGGCCCUCUGGCUGCAGGGCAAGGGACAGCCGGAGCAGACGGAGCAGCAGAAGAAGGACAUACAGACGGGGCAGAGUGCACUUUUGGCCGGAAGGACCGAAGAGUUUAACAGGCGACUCAGAGAGCAGCCAGCAGACACACAGCUGUGGAUAAAAUUCAUACGAUACCAGGAUGAGGUGAACGCAGCAGCGUUUGGAGGCAAGGAGGAGCAACAAGGCAGCGGUUCAGCUGAGCGUCGUCAGUCCUCCCAGCGAGCAGUCCUGGAGAAAAAGCUGAGCAUUGCAGAGCGCGCAGUGGCCACCAACCCCUGCUGCAUCGCUCUGCAGCUAGAGAGGCUCAGGAUCUGCCAAGAGCUCUGGGAGCCCUCACUUCUGGCUAAAGAAUGGAAGAAACUGGUGUUCCUCCACCCAAACAGUGCCCCCUUGUGGAGGGAGUAUCUGCUGUUCACCCAGAGCUACUUCAGCAACUUCACUGUGUCCAAGGUCAGCUCUGCCUAUGGGAAGUGUCUGAGCACGCUCAGUGCUGUGCGUGACGGCAGCAUGGUCUCUCACCCAGCCCUGCCAGGGAUUGAGGAGGAUAUGUUGGAUAUCUUCGCCCAGCAGUGUCAUUUCCUGCGUCAGUCUGGUCAUUCAGAGAAAGCAGUUUCUCUCUUUCAGGCCAUGAUCGAUUUUACUUUCUACAAACCUGACAGUGUACGAGAACUGUCCACCAAGCAGCAGGUUGAGUUUUUUGAGCCGUUCUGGGACAGCGGGGAGGCGAGGGUUGGAGAGCUGGGGGCCAGAGGUUGGAAAGCCUGGAUGCUUCAACAAGAGCGAGGAGGGUGGCUACAGCCCAGUGCAGAGGAAGAAGAGGAGGAGGAGCAGGACGGGGAGGAGGUGAAGGAUCGGAGCCAGCCCAGACACACAGUCUGGUUGGAUGUAGAGUCGUCUCGCGAGGCAGCUCACUGGCUGCCCUGGAGGCCUGACAAAGCCAAGGGCCAAUCAGAGGAGGACUGCGAGGACCCGGACAGACAGGUGUUGUUUGACGACAUCGGUCCCUCGCUAAUUUGUCUGUCUUCACCAGAGCUCCAGCUCCGGCUUCUUCUCCGUUUUUUGUCAUUCCUGGGGCUGCCUGUAGACUCUGUGGUCUCUGGUGCCCCCUGUCAGCCUGGCCUGCUGCUGGAGAACCUCUCUCUGCUCACUCAGGGUAAUCAGCUCCAGUGUCCUCUGACCUCUCACGACCUAACUGACCCCGGGGUUAACUCUGUCGGCCUCAUGACCACUCUCCAGGGACCAAGGAAGUUGGUGGGGCUCGGGAAGCAGGGUGAGACAUUUGUCACCAAUGUGUUCAGUAUGGUCCAACCUGUCCUUCCUGCCCACCACCGAGCCGUCCUGUCACUCAGCUGGAUGCAGUACGAGAAACUCAAGGUCUUGCGCUGCCUCCAUGGCGGCAACAAAAAGCGUCUCCGCUCUCAGGGCAAGAGCAGCAAGCGAGUUGCCAAGCAACUGCUUAAAGAACCCGACAACCGGUCUACGUUGGCGCUGUGGCGGGAGUACGCCCACCUGGAGUGGAUGCUGGGCAACCUCGAUGAGGCUCGCAAAGUCUUCUCCACGGCCACAGCGAUGGGGGGAACCAAAGGGCUGAGGAGCCCCGCCCUCUGUGAGCUGUGUCUGCUGUGGGCCCAGUUGGAGGUGGAGGAUGGACCAGGUGUGCAAGGAGGAGCACUAACGGAUGUCACUGUGUCCCCAGCUGUGUGUGUAUUAACCAGGCUUGCAGAAGGAAGCUCCUCAUCCUCCUCUUCAUCCUCCCAGCCCCUCUCUCCGGUUUCCAUCUUGAAAGCCAGGAGGUCGUAUGAACAGGCUCUGACUGUCGGCUUGUCAGCCCUGGACCAAAAACCCCACAACCCUCCGGCCAGCAGAACAGGUCAAGAGGAGCUGAGGCUGAGAGGCCUCACAGGCUGCUACGCUCUGUUUCAGUACCUCACAAUGGGCAUCCAAGCAGCUAACACCGUCUACAGCCAGGCUAGAGAGAGGAUGGAGGAGCUGCACCGCACAUUAAUACUUAAAAGUGAUGAGGAAGACAGCCUUGCUAACACUGAUGCUAGCCAGGCUGCAGCUGUUUCCAGCCAUAUCAGCAGGCACUAUGUUAACAGGCUAGCUUCUGAGUGUGAGGUAUUAGCAGUGCAGCAGGCAGCAUUGCUUAGAUAUCACAACAGAAUCGCUGUGUUUCCCCUGGCAACACUGAGACAGACACUGACCUCUGCCCUCUCUACCUGGCCCAGCAGCGCCCCUCUCUGGAGCAUAUAUGUACAGGUGGAGAACCGUUACCAUAGUGCUGGCCGGGCACGUCGCUUUUUUCACUCUGUAACCAGGGACAACACCAGUGUGUUGUCACGUCUCUUUGCCAUUGUUGCUGAACAACAAAGGAAGCAGCUGGUGGACGCUGCUCAGAGGUCUUGUUGCUAUGACGCCUUGUCCAUCCUGCCAGAGAACGGCCUCAGCAACCGAAUCUGUGGACUGUUUGAAAGUGCCAUAGCAACAGAGAUGGGUUCUCACUGUCCUUUACUUUGGAGGAUGUACAUUCACUUCCUGGUGUCAGAAGGGAAGGUGGAUAAAGCCACAGGGAUCUUCUACAAGGCCUUACAGAAUAUCCCCUGGGCUAAGGGUUUGUACAUGGAUGGAGUGCAGUUGUUCCCGGAGCACCUGCAGGAGUUUGUAGAUCUUAUGACAGAGAAAGAACUGCGACUCAGACUGCCUUUAGAAGAACUGGAUAUACUGCUGGAGGACUGACAUACGCCUCAUUCAAGAACUAGAGUUUGCUUUACUGGCAACAUGCAAACCCAGAUAUUGACACACAUGAGGAGAUGCGUGCAAACUCAGACGCUCACAUACAUGCACAGCUGCAGUGUUAAACAGUAAAGUUGCAGUUCUGUAAAGGUGGACAAAUGUGGUGCCUUACUUUCACAGCAAACCACCAGGACUGUGUUUUAGUAUCUGAUACUGUCAAUAAAUAUGAUUUUCAGUUA